GAGAUUUGAACCCUUGUGUUUUCAGGGCAGGAGAAACUUGACAUGGAGAAAAACACCAUGAGGCUUCUCUGUACUUCACUUUCUCUUAUGAUGAUUUGCUGGCUAGCUGAAGGUACCCUGUCAAAAACAGAUGCAAAGAAAGGUGCUACAAAAAAACUGGAAGAAAAGAUGCUGCGUUCUGAUAAAAAUGUGCAGGACCGGGGACUGGUAGUUGUGGAUCCAAAGGCAAAGGAUAUUAUACUGGAACACAGAAGUUACUGCUCCAAGAAGAUGAAGGAAAGAGGUUUCUCAGGAGAUGUUCUGGGAUAUAUUACUCCCUGGAACAGCCAUGGCUAUGACAUUGCUAAAAUAUUUGGAAACAAAUUUACACUAAUCUCACCAGUCUGGUUGCAAGUGAAAAGGAGAGGGAAGGAAAGGUUCCAGUUUACUGGGCUCCAUGAUGCUGAUAAAGGCUGGAUGAAAGAUGUCAGAAAAACCUCCAAAAACAUCAAAAUAGUGCCUCGAAUUUUGUUUGAUGGCUGGACUUAUCAGGACUUCGAGAGUGUUUUUGGAAGUGAGGAUGAGAUAGAGGAACUUUCUAAGAACAUGGUUCUGCUAGCCAAGAAUGAAAAUUUUGAUGGUUUUGUAGUUGAAGUUUGGAGUCAGCUGGGAAAUCAAAAGCAAACGGAAUUGAUUCACUUGCUUGUUCACCUUUCUGAAGCUCUGCAUGAAGCACAACUUAAACUCAUACUGGUCAUCCCUCCUGCAGUUGCAGCAGGGACUAACCAGCCGGGAAUGUUCACAAAGAAAGAAUUUGAUCAGUUGGCUUCGGCAAUAGACAGCUUCAGUCUCAUGACAUAUGACUAUUCAACACCACAACGACCUGGUCCGAAUUCCCCUCUUCCCUGGGUACGAGCAUGUGUUCAAGUACUGGAUCCUGAUUCAAAAUGGAGGAAUAAAAUACUUCUAGGGCUGAAUUUCUAUGGCAUGGACUAUUCUGCUUUGGGAGCCUCUGGGGAACCAGUCCUUGGUAACAG